AUGGGCAAUCUGCUUAGUAAGUUUCGUCCCCCGCCCCGCCGCCGUCCCCUGCCAGGCCGAUGUCGCCCGCUGGUCUCUCCUGCCUGCUCAGCCUCCCAUCCUGUCCGGCACCACCCGGCUGCUCCGGCUGCUCCGGCUGCUCCCACACCUUCCCACUGCCCUGGGCACAGGCCAUUCCACCGGGAUCGGAGGCCUUUACCAGCUAGCUUUCAUGUGGAGCCAAAGAGACGGUAUCCGCUCCCUCAGGCCGUGUGUUCCCCUGUGGGCCUCCUCCCCUCGGUGAACUGGAGGGACCCUCCGAAAACACCUGUACGGUCUGCUUGUACCUCCAUCAUGUGCAGACCCUCGAGAACUGUGAGGAUCCCUCCACCCCGGCAGAAAUUCACUGUCCUGCCUUCCCAACCCCAGCAGACAGUCGAGGCUGUGAAGCCGAAACCAUCCAGUUACCUCCCCCCUUCCUGCCCAAAGGCAUUGGGGGAGAAGGUCCAAGAAGUGUCCAGAGAAGGGAAGGAAGAUUUGGGAGACACCAGAGGGCCGGAUGAUGGGAACAGGACCCCCCACAGCAGUGGGGAUAUACUGUUGCCAUCCAGGCCCCUGGAGACCGGUGGACUGCUCAGUUCCCACCAAGGCAGCCCUGCACCUGGGGACCCAUCUCCCAGUCCCUCAGGAGACAGCUUGGGGGCCAACACUCAGACACCUCGGGUGAGCUCCCCCUCGCCCCCAACAGAAAGACCUGCUGUCACUUUAGAGGGCCCAGCUGGUGACGUUGCUCCUCUUCGGAAGCCUGCUCCAGAGGUAGCAGUGCUCUCCGACCCAACCCCAGGCUGCCCCUUGCUGCAGGAGACAUCAACACAGAAAGUGGUGGCUGAGAACCAUCGGCCUAGCCAGAGCACACCAGACCUCUUGAGGAAGGUCACAGAGGCGCAUAAGCCUCGAGGCAAGCCAUCCGAGCACCCCUUGCCACCAGUAUCUGCCACCAGGAGGCCCUCCAAAAGGAAAAUACCCAUGCCACUUUCUGUGCCUCUGCCAUCAGCAAUGCCAUUCCAGUGGGGCAGAGGAGAGUUGCCCCCACCUCCCAAGCUUCCUCGCAUAGCUUUGGGCAGAAACCUGGGCAUUCUGGACAAUACCGAGGGGCAGGGGAAGAUGAUCUUGGAGGGCGGAGCAGAGAUCCUGGCAGACAACGGGGCCACUCAACCUGCCCCUUCCUCCCCCCUACUUGCCUCCAAGACUACAGACUCCCUGCCCCCGGCCAUUGACACAUCACAGGUCCCUGGUCCUACCACCGACUUGGCUGACCAAUCUGCCAGGCCCCCAAUCCCAUCUGUCCCUCCACCCUCCCCAACAGAGACUACUGAUCAGGGAACAGCACCUGGAGCUCCAAACUCUCCCACUCUGGCUGUUCCUACUGGCUCUCCUCCCCCUGGGGAAAUUCCACUUCAGAAGGAACACCCUCUUCAAACAGUCAUCCGUACAACACCUACUUCCGACCCCCCGGCUCCUCCUAACACCUCAACCGUCUCAUCACAGCUGCCCUCCUGCAAAGGAGAAUCCCCAACUCCUAUGUGUGUCGAUCCCCCCCCUCUUUUCCCACCCACCCCUCUUCCAGUCCCUUCCCCAAAGAGUCCUGGUAUUUUUGUGGCGGCAUCAGCCACAAAGGCAUCAGCCAAUUGGACAUCUGGCCAUACUUCCAACGCUGAUGUCACUGACAUGGACACGACUCCUGCUCCUCAAGCUAUCACGUUCAGAUCUCCCCGGGGCCCCGGGGUGAGCUCUCCUUCAUUAUCCCAGGGCCGUUGCAACAGGACGCUGAAGCGCCCUGGAAGCACUCUGGCCUCUACCAUCCCAUCAAAACUGAUGGCCACCUGCCCCAACAUCGCCCCUCAGCCCACACAGGGGACACUUGCUGGGCAACAGCAGACAGCCGUUCUUCCCAGUGCUGGCAUUCCCACUGGCUUUCUGGCGAAUUCUGGAACCACCACCGUUCCAGUAGGCAGCACCUCUGCAAACUACAGCUCUACGCCUGAGGCCAUGGAUACCUCACCUCCCUCACAGGCCGUUGUCUUUCGUUCACUGCCUCAGUCCAAGGCAAACCACUUAGCAUUCCACAACACACCACCCACUAGCAGCCACACCACCAGGUUACCUGGCAAGGCAGCCAUGACACGCAUAGCAAUUCCUAUCCACUAUGCCCCACGAAUCCCCUCUCAGCCCGGAUCGGGGAACCCAAAGGGGCACUAG